GCUAUCGGCCGGUUAGGGGUUGCGGGGAAGAUGGAGUAUCCCGCGUUGGGCACGGUGGAGGCCGCGGACAGCGGAGGGGCCCGGCCAUACAACAUCUCGGAGGAGCGGGAGGGCCGGGAACCAGACCGGCUGCGCUUCGACCGCGAGAGGGCGCGCCGCCUGUGGGAAGCAGUGUCCGGGGCCCAACCAGUGGGGAGGGAGGAAGUGGAGCACAUGAUCCAGAAGAACCAGUGUCUCUUCACCAACACCCAGUGUAAGGUUUGCUGCGCCUUGCUCAUUUCGGAGUCCCAGAAGCUGGCACACUACCAGAGCAAAAAACAUGCCAACAAAGUGAAGAGAUACCUAGCAAUCCAUGGAAUGGAGACAUUAAAGGGGGAAACGAAGAAGCUAGACUCAGAUCAGAAGAGCAGCAGAAGCAAAGACAAGAACCAGUGCUGCCCCAUCUGUAACAUGACCUUUUCCUCCCCUGUCGUGGCCCAGUCGCACUACCUGGGGAAGACCCACGCAAAGAACUUAAAGCUGAAGCAGCAAUCCACUAAGGUGGAAGCUCUGUCGAAACGCCUUACAAACCCUUUCCUUGUGGCCUCCACCUUAGCCCUGCACCAGAAUAGAGAGAUGAUAGACCCAGACAAGUUCUGCAGCCUCUGCCACGCGACUUUCAACGACCCUGUCAUGGCUCAGCAACAUUAUGUGGGCAAGAAACACAGGAAACAGGAGACCAAGCUCAAACUCAUGGCACACUACGGGCGGCUGGCAGACCCUGCUGUCACUGACUCAUCAGCCGGGAAGGGCUACCCGUGCAAGACGUGUAAGAUAGUGCUGAACUCCAUAGAACAGUACCAAGCUCACGUCAGCGGCUUCAAACACAAGAACCAGUCACCAAAAACAAUGGUAUCACCCUUGGGCCAGAUUCCAAUGCAAAGACAACCUAUUCAGAAAGACUCAACUACCUUGGAAGGCUAGAGGUGUUUCUAUCCGGCACCCCAGUUUGAACCAGCUAUGAGCCAGCCUCCCGUGACUGUGACCGUGAUAUGGUCAGCCCUUGGCUCCCUCUUCCUCCUUUCUUACAUAGGCCUGGAGUGGGCCACAGGCGGCCUCUGAUUGGUCCAGCAUAUCCACCCUGUUCCUCCCUUUGGAAUGGGCCCUGCCCUAUAGGUCAGGACAAGGGAAGCAGGGACCUUGAGAGGACUUGGGGUCUCACAGGGUGAGAGUUUAGAGGAUGGCCUUCCCCCUUCCCUGGCCCUUGUGGGCCACAUGUCAUGAGGCUCCAGGCCUGUCUCCUCGUCAGGUCAGCUUUGGACCAGUCCCUACAGCUGAAGAACUGAGUUCUUCCUGGGCUCGAGGCACCUCCAGUGAAAUUAGCGCUUUCACGCCAGACCGUGACCUAGGCGGGAAAGGGCAGAUGGAAGUAGCUGCCGUAUGGAAGCUUGGAGCUGUGACAUUCCCCCUCUCUCCACAAGUGCAGGCUUUCCUGAGCUCGGCGCCACAUGCUGGCUGGUUUUACAGGUUUCUGCCCACUAUGAAGUCCCCUGGGGCGAUGCCACAGUCCUGGCAAGCACUGCUGUCCCUCCUGCCCCUUCUCCACAGUUCCUGACUGGUGCUUAGGACCUGCAGCAGCUGGGGCCACGCUAGAGCUGCAGGAGGCCUCAGUGCCCUGUGUGGGGAGAGAGGGGGGCCUUUCCCCCUUUCCUCUCCUUUGUCAGACGUUCUCUGGCCCAGGUCCUGUGGGAAGGUCCCCACAUGCAAGUUUCCUUGAUGUGCCCUUCUGUGCCCUUAAAGGGAAAUUGCCUCUUGCUGGCCAACUCGGAGGCUCAUUGCUGCCCUUUGGCCCCAGCUAGCCCGCUCCUGCCCCUUGGGCAGCAGACCACCUGCCCAGGUUGCUGUGGUGCUAGCCCUCCCCCAUCACCCACCGGGAGAUUCCUGGCUACCAGCGAGUGGGAUGGGGCCCCCAGGGAAAGAAAGCGCUGGUGCAAGUCUCCGCAGUGAGCAAUCAGACGUUCCGCAGACCCCAAACCUAGACUUCUCCAACUCUACCUGUGACUUCACUGGGAGUGAUUUUUCCUUGUAGCUUUCAAGCAGGAGCUGUAGGGAGGGGCACCAUCCGAGGCCUGCCCCCAGCUGCUCUCAUGGCCGCCUCGCCUGUGAAAUGCCUUUAGUAUCGUACGUGGGUGUGCAGCUGUGUGCUUAUGCUCUGUCUUUGGUCACUGAAGCAUCUAAAUAAAGAAUUUCUCCCAUGA